AUGAGUACGCUCCAUGCUCGACUACUACAUCUUGAGAGCAAAGUGACGACAGGAGACCGACACCUACAAGACAUCAGAGCUGCUGUGGUGAACACACAGAACGACACACAGAUACAAAGUGAAGGGUUGAAGAUGCGUCUGAGUGUGGUGGAGAACCUUGUGGAAGAUUUGCAGACUGACAAGUCAGUGUUAGAAGUCCGGCUUAAUGUCAGUGAGAAACUAUUGGAAGAACUCAAGAUUGAAUCCAGAGGUCAGAUGACAAAACUUCACAAUAUGGAGUUACAAUUGACUCACAACACUGCGGCUUUGGAUGUCCGACUGAAUGUCAGCGAGGAACUUCUGGAAGAACUCAAGACUGAAUGCACAGGUGCUUGUGUAGGAAAGUUCAACAUAAGUGAACAAAUGAUGGACGACUUGAAGGCGACAACUGAAGGCGAGACCAAGGUCGCCUUUGCCGCUGCGCUGACCAAUUCGGGAUCGGUAGGACCCUUCGACCAGGAAACCACAUUGAUAUUCUCCAAGGUUUUCACCAAUGUGGGUCGGGCUUACGACGAGACCUCGGGCGUGUUCACGGCACCCGUGGGCGGAGUUUACGUGUUUAGUUUCACAGCGGCCGACUUCCUGAAAGGCUAUAUGGGGGUUACCUUGUACCGCAACCAGGAACCAAUCAUCUCCAGCCUGGAUCUCAAUGACCACGGCGGCUAUGCAUCCGCCACUAACGGUGCUUUGAUCCGGCUAGCGGCAGGGGAUCGCGUACGCCUGAGUCUGCCUGCCAGCUACAGACUGUACGAUGACACGCGCAGUUUUAGCGUCUUCAGCGGAUUCCUGCUUUUCCCGCUCGAGGCCGACCAAUGA